GAUGAAAGUUUUAUUCAAAAUUUAUUAAGCGAGAAUAAACUUGCACGUAUCAUAGAUAUUGUUUAUUUGCUUCUUAUCCCGGAGCCUAGGAAAGUGUUUACGGAAAUUGUUGAACCUAAAGACCUGAUGCAGGAUCAUUGGAAUCACGAGUGUUCUAGACCUAAAACCGAUAUUGGACAUGCAAGAAUUAUACAAUAA